AUGACCACUGACCUGUCGAAAAUUCACGUUGCUAAGCCUGUUGUUGAACUCGAUGGUGAUGAAAUGACGCGUAUCAUUUGGAAAGAGAUUCGUGAAAAGCUCAUUCUACCGUUUCUGGAUCUUCAGAUCGAAUACUACGAUCUUGGUCUUGAACAUCGUGACGCGACCGACGAUGAGGUGACGUUGGAAGCUGCACGUGCUAUUAAGAAACACAAUGUAGGGAUCAAAUGCGCCACAAUCACACCCGAUGAAGCUCGUGUUGAGGAGUUUGGGCUUAAGAAAAUGUGGCUCAGUCCUAAUGGUACACUACGUAAUGAACUGGGUGGUACUGUAUUCCGUGAGCCCAUUGUAUGCAGAAACAUUCCCAAACUCGUACCUGGUUGGAAAAAGCCGAUCAUUAUUGGCCGUCACGCCUUUGGUGAUCAAUACAAGGCCAUUGACUUUCUGGCGAAUGAGCCAGGUACCUUUAAACUUACCUUUACACCUGCUCGUCAUGGAGCUGAGCCAAAAGAGUAUCAUGUAUAUGACUUUAAAGGUACAGAUGGAGGUGUGGGAAUGGGGAUGUACAACACGACCGAGUCAAUUACUGGGUUUGCCCAGUCGUGCUUUGAGUACGCAUUGGAACGCAAGAUGCCGCUCUAUUUGAGCACCAAGAACACGAUCUUGAAGCGUUACGACGGUCGAUUUAAAGACAUUUUUCAAACCAUGUACGAAACGUCAUACGAGACCAAGUUUAUAGAAGCAGGGGUCUGGUACGAGCAUCGUUUGAUUGACGAUAUGGUAGCACAGUGUCUGAAAUCUAAAGGUGGUUUUGUCUGGGCGUGCAAGAACUACGACGGUGACGUGCAGUCUGAUAUCCUGGCACAGGGCUUUGGAUCUUUGGGUCUAAUGACGAGUGUGUUGCUCACAUCAGAUGGUAAGACCUUGGAAGCUGAGGCAGCACAUGGGACCGUGACACGCCAUUACCGAGUCCACCAACAAGGUGGUGAAACAAGUACGAAUUCCAUUGCAAGCAUCUUUGCAUGGACACGGGGUUUGCUACAUCGUGCGAAAUUGGAUGGCAAUCACGAGCUCAAGCUCUUUUGUGACGAGCUGGAGACUUGUAUCAUUGAGAGCGUCGAGGCUGGUCAGAUGACAAAAGACUUGGCAUUGCUCAUUCAUGGCGAUAAUAUUCAGCGUACGCAUUACCUCGACACGUUUGAAUUCAUCGACAAGAUUGCGGAGAAUUUACGUAGGCGUUUAGCUACCAAUCCGAGCUUUACUAUGUUGUAG